AUGAACAACACCGGUGUAGCACGGGACUUCCACCACCCAUAUGAGCCCUAUGAAAUCCAGCAACAGUUCAUGAAUGCGGUCUAUGACUGUUUGGAGGAUGGCAAAGUCGGUGUCUUUGAAUCCCCGACUGGGACUGGCAAGUCUCUAAGUCUGAUAUGCGGCUCAUUGACUUGGCUGCGUGAUAACAAACGCCGAACCUUCGAGGACGGUUUCCAGGUUGUUGCAGCAAAUGAAAAUGAUCCGCCCUGGAUGCUAGAGCACGCUCGAAAGCAACGCAAGCAGGAUGCAUUUCAGCGCCGACAGGAGCUCAACGAACGCCUGGCAAAGAUUAAAGCCAAGGAGAAACGUGCCAGAGAGCGCGCUGUUGGAGUCAAUCAGGUCUACAAAAGGCAAAAAGUUGGUCUAGACAACGCUGAUGAUGAGGACGAAGAGGCACAAUUUGCGCUCGACGACUAUGAAUCUGAUCGCGAAAGCGCGAGUAUUGCAAGGACCAGCAGGUUCGACAGCUCGGGCCUCUCCGCAGAGACUCAGGCGUUAAUGGACAAGCUUGGCUACGUCACUGGUGAGGCGAAGACUGAAGACGGGCAGAUGCUCGAUGAGACGAAAAUCUUCUUCUGUUCGCGAACGCAUUCGCAACUGACACAAUUUUCAAGCGAAUUAUCGAGAGUCAAGAUGCCUCCUUCCAUAAACAUGGACGAAAACGAUAGUAGCGAUACCGUCGAUGGGCUCACGGAAGAUGUGAAACAUCUGACUUUGGGGUCGCGGAAGAAUCUUUGCAUCAACCCCAAGGUCAGCCGUCUCGGUAACGCAAUAGCCAUCAACGAACGCUGUCUGGAGUUGCAGCAAAGUACAACCAGAGAAAGCAGAUGUCCCUCUAUGCCUACGAAAGAGAACGAAGCGCUAUUAAACGACUUUCGAGACCAUGCGCUCGCGAAGAUUCGCGAUAUUGAGGAUUUAGGCGUCCUCGGUAAAAGGCUGGGAGUCUGCCCAUACUACGCUUCGAGACCGGCUAUCAAGUUCUGCGAGAUCGUCACGCUGCCAUACCCGCUACUCCUGCAAAGUUCCGCGCGUGAGGCACUCGGCCUUUCCCUUAAGAACCACGUGGUCAUCAUAGACGAGGCACACAACCUGAUGGACGCCAUAGCUGGCAUAUACUCGGUUUCGGUGACCCUGCCUCAAGUGCGGCAGGCCCGGGGUCAGCUUACAGCAUACCUACAGAAGUUUAGGAAUCGACUCAAGGGGAAGAACCGCGUCUACGUUGCCCAGAUCAUUCGCAUCCUAGAUUCUAUCAUCGUGUACCUACAGUCGAUCGCGUCCGAUUCGAACUCGAGCGAUGGCCUAGUUGAUAUGGUCUCUAUCAUGUCUGGAAAAGGCGUUGACCAGAUCAACAUCUUCAAACUCAACGCGUACCUCCAAGAAAGCAAGUUAGCACGGAAGGUUGAUGGCUAUACUGCAUUUGCAGACGAGAAAAAUGUGAUCUCAAAGCGCAAAGACGAAGCAACUCACGCUCCACGGAAUACUGUGCCGGUACUUAUGCACGUUCAGGCGUUCCUUUUGUCAUUGAUGAAUCCCUCCGCCGAAGGCCGCUUCUUUUACUCGAAGGAAGACGAGAACUACCUGACGCUGCGUUACAUGCUUCUCGACCCCACAUACCAUUUCAAAGACAUCGUCGAAGAUGCAAGAGCAGUGAUCCUCGCAGGAGGCACGAUGUCUCCAAUGAGCGACUAUGAACACCAUCUGCUGCCGUACCUCGACCCUGGGAAGAUACAGACACUAUCUUGCGGUCACGUCAUACCACCUUCCAAUUUACUCGCAGCGCCAGUCACAACAGCCUCGAACGGCGUCGACUUCGACUUCACCUUUAAGGGUCGCAACAAGGAGAGCACCAUUGUCAAUCUCGGACAUGCCAUCGUUAGCAUGUCUAGUAAUAUUCCUGAUGGUGUAGUUGUUUUCUUCCCGAGUUAUGCAUAUCUGGAUACCUGCAUUACAUCGUGGAAACGUCUCCCCGCUCGGCCCCUGAAGGCCACUUUCUGGGAUCAAUUCACGCAAAUCAAACCCAUCUUCUUAGAGCAGCGGAGUGAACAGCAUUUCGCAAGCAAAUCUACUAUAUCAAAGGAGGCGACCGUGGACUCUGUGCUGACAGCGUAUAGCAUGGCUGUCGCAUCAGGCAACGGCCGAGGCGCACUGUUGUUCGCUGUCAUUGGCGGAUCGCUGUCAGAGGGGAUUAACUUCAGCGAUACCUUGGGUCGCGGCGUCAUCGUGGUCGGCUUACCCUUCCCCAACCCACACUCGGCGGAGUGGAAGGCAAAGAUACAGUACAUCACAUCGAAGGAAAACGCAAGGGGUGGGAAUGGCAAGGCUGCAGCAACGGACCACUACGAGAACGCUUGCAUGCGCGCUGUGAAUCAGUGCGUCGGCCGCGCGAUUCGACACAAAUGCGACUAUGCGGCUAUUAUGAUGCUGGACAAAAGAUACGGCGGUGAGCGCAUUCAGAACAAGCUGCCCAAGUGGAUCAGAAGUAGCCUGAUGACGAAAAGGAGUGUGAUAGAGAACGGCGAACGGCGAGGCGCAUAUGCAACAGUCACACAGGCUGAUGAACCUGGUGUAGAGUUGAUAGCGUAUGGGGAAGAGCUAGAAUACGAAGACCCCCGGGACCACGAUAUCCAAAGCGCGGUGUACCUGGGAUCCAAGCCGACGCCAGAGGACUUUCUGUUCCUACCACGUGUCGCUGACAAGUUGCCGUAUGGUGCCUUCCUUGUUGCCAUUGUGGAGCUCUGCGAGCGUUUUGCGUACUAUGGACUGGCCGGUCCUUUCCAAAACUACAUGGCCAACUCUUACCACGACGCCAAUGGCUUGCCAGGAGCUCUGGGACUGAGUCAAUCGCGAGCGACAGCUUUGUCCAACUUCUUCCAAUUCUGGUGUUAUGUUACGCCCAUUCUAGGCGCUGUGGUGGCCGACCAGUACCUUGGUCGGUAUCUCACGAUCAAAUACUUCAGCAUCGUCUACAUGGCCGGCAUCGCCGUUCUGUUUGUCACAAGUCUCCCGUGGAGCAUUGAGCGCGGUGCAGCAUUCCCGGGCCUCUUGGUAGCAAUGGUGAUCAUUGGUCUUGGAACAGGCGGGAUUAAGAGCAACGUCAGCCCAUUAAUUGCAGAGCAAGUACGCAGCACAAGCGCAUUCGUUGAGACGAGAAAAGAAGGAAAGCGAGUGAUCGUCGACCCGGAGAUUACAGUACAGCGUAUCUACAUGAUCUACUACAUGUGCAUCAACGUAGGAUCCGUCUCAGCCGUUGCCACUACCCUACUGGAGCUGCAUGUUGGGUUCUGGAGCGCCUACUUGCUGCCCUUGAUUAUGUUCUGUGUUGGAUAUACAGUUCUAGUCCGAGGUAAAGACCGAUAUAUCAUCAAACCACCCCAAGGAGGUGUCAUCGGUAGCUGUCUCCGAGCGCUUUGGAUCGCUGCUCGUAACGGAUUCGAAAUUGAGAAGGCGCGACCAUCUGCACAGCGAAAGCAGUCGCACACGAUCUCGUGGGAUGACAAUUUCAUUGAUGAACUAAAGACCGCAUUGAUGGCAUGCAAAGUCUUUGUCUUCUUUCCCAUCUACUGGGUCACAUACUCGCAGAUGAUGAACAACUUUGUCUCGCAAGCCGGUCAAAUGCAACUGCAUGGCCUACCAAACGACAUUCUACCGAACAUCGAUCCUAUCACCAUCAUCUUGCUGGUACCUGUCAUGGACCGCUUCAUUUAUCCCUUCAUCCGCACAAGGCUGCAUCUCGCCUUUACACCGAUGACGCGCAUCACGCUUGGGUUCUUCGUCGCUUCUGCGGCUAUGCUUUACGCUGGAGGUCUGCAGUCGUUCAUCUACAACGCUCCCCCAUGUUACUCGUAUCCAUCAAAUUGCGAUACUGGUAGUAUUGGUGACGGCAAAUUUGAACCCAACGAAAUACAUGUCGCAUGGCAGACGCCAGCUUAUGUUCUCAUUGCGCUGAGCGAGAUCUUGGCGAGCAUCACCGGACUGGAAUUGGCGUAUGCGAAAGCACCAGAGAACAUGAAGAGCUUCAUCAUGAGUCUGUUCCUCCUGACAAGCGCCGGAGGUAGUGCGCUGGGCAUACUUAUCGCUCCGCUGGCGAGAGAUCCGUACUUGCAGUGGCUGUACUUUGGACUGGCGAGCGCAGCAGCCAUUACAGGCUAUGUCUUUCAUUGCACGUUCAAAAAUGGUGUAGACGAUGGCGCUGCGAAGAAAAUCGAGCGUGCUGAGGAGUUCGAGCUGAUGCGCAGAGGCCGCGUUGACGACGACGAGGAAGAGUUGGAGCCCAUCUCUAAGGCUGUGUGA